CUCGGUUUUACUUUCUCUCUCUCUUCUCUCUCUCCGCCCCCUCUUUCAUCUCUUUCUGCAUUUUUCAACAUUCUGCGCAGUGUGAAAGUCAGCUACAAUAAAAUAGUGAGAUAACUUAUUGCCAAGUAUGUGGAGCAGUAGCGCGUCGUAAACUCACCGAGGAGUACGUUUUGUCUUUUUCGUUUUCGUCACUAGUGUCUGGAAAUUCCGCUCGUUAUGACGGACACUGACUCUACAACUUUCAAAUUCCCAGGAUCACUGUAUGCUUAUCGUCCAAAUCCUCGCAACAAUCCACUUCCUGCAUCGAUGGCUGUUUGUGAAACAGAAGUGCUUCUUGCUAUUCAUCAAAUCGCAGAGUCUCUCGGCAACAAUGAACGCGUGAAGGUUUUCUACUUGUGUGAGACUUUGGACACAGAUAACUCAGCAGCCCGGAUGAAGGAGACGCUAAAGUCCAAAGUCACGAGUUCUGCCACAGGACGACUGUUUUUGGUGGAGCUCAUGCUGCAUUUAAGAAGAUACGACAUCCUUAGGCAGGUUUUUGGAUACAGCAAGGACGAGGUGGAGAGAACUUUUAGAUCCAGAGAGGUUCUGCCCAGAUUCAGAGUACUGAUGACUCAUUUAAGCGACGACAUGGAGAGCAAGGAUGUGAACAGUUUGAAAUUCCUGCUUGGUAACAUACUACCACGUGAGAAAAUGAACUUCCUGGACCUGAUUAUAGAACUAGAGCACCAAGAUAAGAUUUCUCCUGAAAGAGUGGACUUUCUGGAGGAAUGUUUAAAACAAGUUGGCAGGGUUGACCUGGCCAAAAAACUGGCGGUGUACAAGAUGUCAGGAAACUUACCAGUUCCUGAAGAAGUGGUGCACCAUCCCUGUCAGAGUUCAGUAGAUCGGUAUACAUUUACCAGUAAUACCAGAGGAGUGUGCCUCAUCAUAGACUGCGUCGGUAACGAUGGAGAGAUGCUGAAGCACAGGUUUCAGUCGCUCCACUUCAACGUGACCCUGCACAAAUGGCUCGGCCUGGUCGAGACCGUUUCAGCACUUAAGGGGGUUUUCCGAGGAAGUGAGGACUACAGAGGAGACAGCUUUGUUUGCUGCAUCAUCAGCCGCGGUACUGGAACUCACCUCCUGGCCACGGACACGCAAUUCGAAGGGCUCCGUUUCAAAGACGUCCGCCGUCUUUUCACCGGGAAUGUGUGUGCAGCACUGGUCGGCAAGCCAAAACUGUUCUUCAUCCAGAGCUACAAUGUAGCGGCCGUUGAAACCUAUGCUGGAGAGAACCACAAUUUCCAACCUUAUACCAGCGAGAACCACGAUGAUGAAAACUUGGAGACGGAUGCUGGUGGUGGAGCGAUGGCUUUAGAUAGUAUGCCGGCAACUGCCGAUGUGCUCUGGAGUCACUCCUGGACUUCAGAACAACAACUACAAGGUCAACAUCGCUCAGUUUACCUCCGGGCUUUGACUGACUCCUUAGGCAGGAACCAAGAAAGGCGCAGACAUGUGCUUGAUCUCCACAAGGAUGUGAAUAAAGCCAUCUUUGAGCAUAACAAGAGGCAUCCUGAUCAGGAAUACCACAUAGACCUGAAAACCACUUUGAGAAAAGAGCUAUAUUUGUAGACUUAUGUGACAAUUACUGCAUCAUUUCAUCAUCACCAGGAAUGUCUUAGGACUACAAUCCGAUUUUAUUGUAUAUGUAAGAACGGGGCACACACACUUCUUGUCACACUGCAGAAAGUUUUUUCAAAAUUCAUUCCACUACAAUGGUUAAAUGGUGACACCUGCUGGUAACAUCGAAAGCCGGUUCUGUUUUAUUUUGUUUAAUGUCCUGUGUAUCUUUUCUAUGUUUCACAGCUUGCACUUGAAUUAACAAUGUUUUAUAUCACAGACACUUUGAUACCUAGAUGAGCCUACAUCACAGUUAUUACAAUGACUUUUAUUUAUUCAGUAUGCCACUUUUCUUGCCACAUACUCAGUGCAGCUAAAAUCAUUUGAAGGGUUUCCUUCUUGGCGUUUUCCAUUGUAUAGGAUUUUAUAUACCAGAACAUGCCACGAGACGGCGCCAAAUCCUCGCCAAGUAGGAAUAUAUAUUCGUCUCGAUGAAGUAUAUUGAAGUGAUACAUUAAAAAGGUAUUAAGA